AUGACAAGGCAACGAAAUGUGAAGCGAGAUGAAGGAAUGCCGACUAGAGUGAUAUUGCCAGCUGCUAAACAUGCAGCAAGUAAGAAUGCAGGCCGGCAAGCAGAAAUACUUAUAUGCAUAUAUGCGGUAAACAUAAAAGGCAUGCGUAUUCAAACAGCUGUAGGGUGCAGCCAGUCAGUCAUGCUGUCUCAUGUCAGUCGAUCGAUCGAUGGACGGAUCGAUCGGCAACAUUUUGUGAUAGCUACCAUAGGAGCUUUGCUGAAUUUAAAAGAAGGACGGAAGAGGAGAAUUUCCUCCUCGGAGGGGCUGCACCGAGAAUACUCCACCAUCAGUGCCAGCCAGCAGCAACAGCAGGAUGAAGCUACUGAUACACCAAUCAUUUGCAGUGCUUCCGAAACUGAAACAUUUCGGCAUGUUUAUCCGGUCAUUGAUGCUGACUCAAUAUUUUUGUUACGACACCUACCGCCGCUUAGUGAUGAAAUGCGCUACCGGUGCCCAGCGUUGCCGCUUCGGACACGCUCAACACCAGAAUUUUCUCUGGUCCUCGAUUUGGAUGAAACAUUGGUACAUUGCAGUUUAACCGAACUACCCGAUGCUUCUUUAACAUUUCCGGUGCAUUUUCAGGAAAAUACUUACCAAGUUUACGUCCGUGUACGGCCACAUCUUCAAGAAUUUUUGGAACGAUUAUCGCGCUCAUUUGAAAUCAUCUUAUUCACAGCAAGUAAACGCGUUUAUGCUGAUAAACUCUUGAAUCUACUUGAUCCCGGGAAGCGACUAAUACGUCAUCGACUCUUCAGAGAGCACUGCGUAUUCGUAUAUGGGAAUUAUAUCAAGGAUUUGACCAUUUUGGGUAGAGAUCUGUCAAAAACAAUAAUUAUCGACAAUUCCUUGCAGUCAUUUGCAUAUCAAAUCGAUAACGGUAUACCUAUUGAAAGCUGGUUUUUCCAACAGGACGAUCAAGAAUUACUGAAACUAAUACCGUUUCUGGAACAAAUUACCAAUCAGAAAAGCGAUGUACGUCAUAUACUGCGAGCAAGGUAUAGAAUACGUGACCUACUGCCUUCCCUUCCUUACUGUGAUAUAACGUGA